CUGUGUCGACCUUGAGCAUCACGCCGAGGACAUCUUGCAUGACAUCCUCUCGCUCUUUCCAAGCUGCCUGCUACUAUCUAGAUGAAGACAGAAUUACAUCAGCCUCGCAUCACCUCCCUCUGCUACAUAUAGCAUGGUUCGCCUAUCCCAAACCCGUCAAUCCGUCCUUCUUCCUACAUGGCCGGUUGCCGAACCAGGACUCGAACACCAUAUCUAUCUGUGUCGUGGACUUGCUCGUCAUUUCUACCCUAUCUUAGCAGUAGUCUUCUUCGUCUCAGCUCUUACGAGAUACUAUCGACCGUCUAGACCAUGCCGUCCAGUGGAAAUCGAUACCCUGCCAGCUGAAGUCACGGCAGCGAAGACACUAAACAUUCAACCUGAAUUUAAUAUCAUGCCAGGUGUCCGAACUGGUGACUACAUGUUAUACGAGUAUUGAUGAAACAUCGACAAGUUGUUCCCUCUGGAUUCUGAUGUAUGCCCCCGCCAGGUGUUUGUAGCUUACGCUGCUAACAAAUAAGCCUAAGUUC